AUGGGACGUGCUAGAGGAGCAGUAAGGGUCCCUGGUGUAAAGCUCAGGCCGGCAGAUGUACAGACCAAGAAGAAGAAUGUCAUAGAAUCGGACAACGAGGAUGACGCGGAAGAUAUAAAGCCGCCAGGCGUUUCGAGGGCCAUUUUCAAAGGAGUUGUCCUAUCCGCCACAGGAAUAAAGAAUAAACGGGAAUUAUUUGAGCUUGUCCGGCGCAUGGGAGGAACUCAUUCCAACGACUUUACCGAUGCGACCACUCAUUUGAUUGCUGAUGGUCCCGGGAGUCAAAAAUACAAGGUUGAUACAUCACCCCCCAUUGCCAUCUCGACUUACGCUUUCCUAGUGCGCUGUGGAACGCAACAUUCCUAUCCUCAACCCAUCCUGGGAAUAAAUACAGCAGACGUGCGAGAACGCAUCCACAAACUAGCAAAGAGCAACGGCGGAGAGUAUCUCAAGGCACUCGACAAGACAUGUACACAUCUUUUAUGUGCAGUGGAUACCUCAGACAAAAUUUCAUUCUCGAACAAAUGGAAUACCGAACGGGAGAAAGCCCAUUCUCGUGGAGAAGAGGCUCCAGCUUCAAUACAACUUUUAUGGGAGGAAUGGUUUUGGGAUUCUAUACUUAAGAGAG